CGACGCUCAUGCCUCUCGCCCAACAUGUCCGUCUCCCCACCCAUUCGUCGCUACUCGUCGACGAGCUCUAGCAGUCGCGAAGACCUCAUCAACCAGUAUGAGGCCGAGGAAGAGCGUAUAAUCAACGUGCUCUCGCGGAAACUCGAGCGGCUUCGGGAGGAGAAGAUUGCCCUCGAGAACACGCUCGAGGCCGAGUCGGAGAACCAUGUCAACAGGCUCUCCAGGGAGAUAUCUGCUCUGCGACUAGCCCAGCAGCAGCAAGCACAGGUCAAUGGCAACGGCAGCGGCAGCAUCUCCCCAGUCGACACCCGGCUGGGCAUGCAGACAUUUCUGGGCUAUCGGAACCCCGCUCAACCGACCACAGAGACGAUGCUUGAGGCGAUGCGCAGGGAGAACGAGCAGCUGAGGACGAGACUUGUCGAAACCGAGCGCGACUACAUUCGCGUUACACGGUUGAACGAGAUCUAUCGUGAGGAGCUAAUUGAGCACAGGAGGCGGUUGGGCCUACCGGUUGACAAUCUCAUAGGCCUCGCAUCCCCCGAUCCCUACUCCCAACCCACCCACCGCCGAACUCCCUCAUCUACCUCUUCUCCAUCCACCUCUAUCCUGAUCAUCCCAAGUCCUCAACACUCGCAGAGUUCACGCCCGACGCCAGUACCGAUCCCGCGUCCGCCAUCGCAGAUACACCGCCCAGUCAACGCCAUGUCCGAAGCCAAUACGCCAUUAUCGCACUCGCCAUCCUCUGUGUCCUCCUCUUCGCCCUUCCCGCUCUCCCCGCCUUCCGCCUCUCCUAUGCCCACCAGUUACGCUAGUGCCACUACGAACCUUACAACGCCUCCCUCCUCGGCAUCUCUCACAUCAAACCCGCCCGGUCCCUAUCCAGGCGCCGCCACAACCCUCUCUUAUCCAUCGGUACCGCCACCGUCACUCUCGUCAUCCUUCGGCUCCCCGUCUACGACAUACCACAUCAAUGCUAUGUAUUCCAGGCGAGAGAGCGUGGACAGACGGCCUGCGGAAUCUGGGAGCUUCAGCCGCAGUCAGAGCCAGGGGCACAGUCGACGUGCCAGCGUCGAGCGGGGCGCGCGAGUUGCAGAGACCGGAUCCCUUCUGCCACGAGGACGCGCGGCGCGACAGGAGAGCGUGCAAGAGUCGCCCGAGGAGGCGGGCGCAGAGGCGAGCUUGUCCUUGAAUGGCGGAACGGCUCAUCUGCCCAACGGGGACGGACCGAGCUGACUAUCUGCUCGGUUCUGGAGAUGACGAGGAGGUGCGGGUGGUGAUUGGAACGACGAUCGGCGCGAUCGGCCACGAAGAUUCAAGCUUCAGGACUUGCGUCCGCGUUCAUGUAUGAAUAGCCGCUGUAACCAAGCUGUAACUUUCCUCCGCCAAGAUUCUGCAAAAAGGCUCUGACCCGGACAAGAACUUGUAUUUGUAUACGACGCAUCAUCGCCGAGCCCCGUUAGCGUAGCCCAAUAAUAAUGUCCGUUCACCAGUA